UUUCCAUUUGGCAACUUGAGUAUUAUUUUUCCUAAACCUCCUCAGUUUCGAUCUCAUUCAUCAUGGCUUCUGCAUGCAAGUUCUUCGACGAAGAUGCUGUAUACAAGAUUAAUAAGAAAAAAUUCGUUGAUGUAGGUUUAGUUUUAGAAAAUUCUGAAUUUAUAAGCAGUGAUGAUGAAGAAUCUGACGGCCCUGAUUAUAAAGACUGGGAGCGUAUGAAAAAAGGACAUAUUCGAGUGGCGUGGCAUCCUAACGGUGUAGAAGAAGUCUUACCAGAAAAAAAGGUUAAAUUAUGUGAUCGAUCUUUAAUGCCUGGGGAUGUUGUUAGAAAAAUUGUUAAAGGAAAGGAUACACAGUUAGGUUACUGUAGAUACACAGUUGUGAAAGCUGAUGUUCAAGUUGUUGGUACCAAACAGGUUGUUGUUGGAGUUGAUAGCAAAGACUUAAUCCCAAUGGAGGAAUUUGUUGCUGAUGUUGCUGUAUUUAAAGAUUCUUGGGUUGGCAUGGUAAAAACUGUUAAAACUGAACUUACUCUUCGUUGCUGUGAUGGAUCUAGGUGUAUAAUGUCUGAUGUAGAUGCAUUUGAUAUGGAUGACAUCCUGGAUCGCAGAGAAAGGGCAUCAGAGUUUAAAAAGUACAGUUUCUAUCCUGGACAACAAUUGUGGGGCCCAACAUUUUGCUUUCAGAAAGUUAAGUGGCUGGUUUUAAACAAACCAAUGAGUGACAUCAUUAAUUGCCCUAACAAGAGCGUCCGUGCCAUAGUUGAAGAUGUGAAGGUUGUAUCAUUAGGAGUUCAAUGGGUUUGCAAAGCGUAUAGUGAAGAAAAUGUUCGUAAUCAGUCCUUGGAGCAACCUAAAUAUCAUGUAACUGGAGAUGAUCUUAAAUCGAUUAAAAUGAUGAACAUUUUUGAGCCAUGUACCUUACAAAUAGGUGACAGGAAUUAUCUUAUAAUAAAAGAUUCAUAUGAAGUGGUUUCUCUUAAUGAAUGGAAGAAUCGCAUGACAAGCCGUUUAAAUGUUGAUCCUUACAAUUCACCCAUAAAACGAAGGAAUUUAAAAAAAUCUGAGAAUGAAAACAAGGAGAAUGAUGCAGAAACAGACAUUGUUUGUAAUGAAAAUAUGGAUGAUAGUUCAGAUUUUGAAGACAUUGAUGAUGACGACAUUGGUAAAUCAUCUGAUACUGCAUCUGUAACAAGUCAUUCAACUGCAUCUUCUAUUGAAACUAAUCAAGGAUCACAGAAAAAAUCUAAAAAAGGUCCACAUUAUGCUACAAAGAUGUUAAAGAAAAAAAAGAGUGUUCGUAGACGUGCUAUGCGCCAUGUAAUGAAGGAAACAUUGCCGCUAACAUCUGGUGAAAAGUUAGUCACAGAAGCUCUAAUUACUGAAACAAAAGCACAUGUUGUAUGGCAAGAUGGCACUGUGGAGCAUAAUAUCUUAUCAACAUCACUGUAUCCUGUUCAUCACCUUGAUUCUCAUGAAUUCUUUCCUGGUGAUUAUGUUGUAGAUGGCAAAGAUUCAAGGCCAUAUGAAUAUGGAGUGGUAAAACAAGUCGAUCAUAGUGGGCGAACAGCUUUAAUUACUUGGUUAAAGACAUAUCAUGCUGGAGGAGAUCCCCAUCCUGAAGUACUAUCUGAGCAAGAAGUUAGUGUAUAUGACAUCAAAGACCAUCCUGAUUUUAAAUACAGACCUGGUUCUUGUGUCAUUCGUGUUGUGAACUCCGAAGACUCUAAUCCUGGUUCUACUGCUGGCCAAGUUGUUGAUGUUCAUUCUUCUGGCAAGGUUGAAGUAUAUUGGGUUAGUGGAGAAACAUCUCUCUGUUAUCCACAAGAACUAUAUCGAGUUGGUGAAUAUGAUUCUGAUGAUUUGUGGGCUGAUGAUGAUUCAUUUUCUGAUGAAGAUAGUUGGGAAACUGAAUCUGAAAAGUCAUUAGUUGGUACUGAAGAAAAUACCACUGAAAAAGAUGUUGAUGGAACUGCUAGAGAUCUUGAAAAAGUUUCCUUCAAAUUAGAGGAAAAAGAUGAUGAAAAAUCAACAGAAGAUAUGCAUGAAAAGUUAUUAGCAAAUAUUGAAAAACUGCGAGCUGGUAUGGCUCGAUUAGAAGAAGUAUUUACACAAAAUCCUACUCUUCAGACGUGCAAUGUUAUGAGGAGGCUUUUGGAACUUUAUAAGCAUUGCAAGGUCCUUGACCAGCUUCUAGGAACCACAUAUUUUCAUGAACGGCAUUUGCAAUCUCUUGUUGAAAGAUUAAAACACCGUGGCCGUGUUAAUAGCAUUCAACAUAUGGCAGAUCAAAUAUUUCGCUUGUUUUCUUCUAAUGAUCCCACAUCUGAUGUGAAUGAAUCUCAAUCAAAAGAUGAAGUUAUUUCCGACUUUGACAAAAUUAAUAAUGUAUCAGAUUCUCCAAAGGUUGAGAUUGAUAUAUUCAUAGAAUCUCCAUGUGAUGCUCCUUUGCCUACUAUCAAUUCUGUGAACUGUAAUGAAGACAUGACUAAUCGUAAACCACUUUUAUCACCAGUCAGCCCUACAUCUGGUAAUGGUAGUGAACCUCGUAAUUUGUGUCAACAGUUAUGCGCUAUUUUGAAGUCGCGCUUGCUGAAGGCUCAUGAGGAUGCAGAAUUAAGGUUUGGUAUGCCACGCAGUGAGACAGAUGCUUUGCUAGCUGCAGAGAAUGAACUUUUACCAAAGGAUGCCUCAAGUAAAGAUACUAGUCAAGGUGAAUCUGCCAAUAAAAACUUAACAAAUGAAAAUGAAGUCCUAGAAAGUAAAGAAGCUUUGAAUAAUUUAGAAGAUCAUUCUUCAGAAUUUAAUUCUGCUGGACAAGGUAUAUUUUCCAUGUUGGAAUCUGUUCCUGAUAGUCAUAAAUACAAAUUAAGUAUUUUUCAACCCUUUGAACCUUGUGCCUUCUUUAGAAUUGUGCGGAAAGAGAUGAAUCUUUUAAAAUCUUCAUUACCUGAAGGGAUCAUAGUAAAAAGUUUUGAAGACAGAAUUGAUCUGUAUUCUGUUAUGAUAAAAGGGCCAAAGCGAACACCCUAUGAGGAUGGAUUGUUCUUUUUUGACUUCCAGUUUCCAGCAGACUAUCCCAAAGUGCCACCACUCUGCCAUUACAUUUCAUACUGUUCUGAUCGCCUCAAUCCUAAUUUGUAUGAAGGUGGCAAGGUGUGUGUAAGUUUGCUUGGAACUUGGGGUGGAAAGGGCACAGAAAUUUGGAAUCCUGAAACUUCAAAUCUGUUGCAAGUAAUAGUUUCUAUCCAAGGUUUAAUAUUGGUCUCUGAACCUUAUUAUAAUGAAGCUGGUUAUGAGAGACAAAAGGGAACCCAACAAGGCAGGGAAAAUAGUCGUAUGUACAAUGAAAUGGUUGUCUUAAAGUUAGUCCAGGCCAUGACAAAACUCCUUGUAAAUCCUCCUGAAGUUUUCAAAAGUGAAAUUGUUGAACAUUUUAAGACGCAAGCUUCAAAGUUAAUCCAGAGACUUGAGAAAUGGCUUGCAGUGUCAGAGUCUUGGAAUUCAGAACAUCCAUCUUCACCUACCUCACCUACAACUUUCAAAGAAUUACAUGGCAACUCAGGUGAUAGUUCAGCUCAAGAAAUUCCACUUCCAGAAUUUCCAUUGAUACCUGCAUCAAAAGGAUUUUGCUUAACAUUGAGGAAAUCUCUUGCAGACUUUAAAGAUAUUAUGUCAUCAUCAUCUAAUAUUCUGCUAAGCUAGUCCCCAAAGAACUGCCAAAUUGUGUAUUAUUAGAAGAAACAGUAAUAUUUAUAAAUAAAAUGUCUGCAAUAAAAAUUAUCCCACCUUAUUUUUAUUUGUUUUCUGUUUAUGAAUGGUUAAGACAAAAAAAAAAAAAAAAAAAAAAAAAAAAAAAAAUAUUUUUCUUUUGCUCUUGAAUAGAAUUCAGGGCUUAAGUAAUAUGCACAAUGGAUGAAAGCUUUAUGAAAUAUAUUUUUUGUUCCAUAUAUUUCAAAAUUUGUUUUGGUUGCAAUAUUUUGUGCCUAGUUAAAAAAAAAAAAAUUAUUUUUAUCCAUUCAAAUUAUUGCAGUCUUAUACCACCUCACUUUAAAAUAUGAAUAUUUUACUGUGAGUAAACAUAAAAAGGAAUAUUUAUUUAUGAUGUACAUAAAAAUAUAGAAGUUAUUUAAAGCUGCAAUAUAAAAUGUUGGAUUUGAAUUACUGUAAAUAUGAAAAUUUCAUAAAUGCUUUGCUGUAUGUAUUAUUUUGUUGCAUUAUCAUCAACAUAAUAUAAUUAGCUUAAAGCUUUAACUGAUAUCAUACAUUAAACUUAUAGUUUCAUAUUUUAAAAAUUUCACAUGGCAAUGUAUUUUCAAUAAACAAUGCAAAUGCUUGUAAAAUGAAAUAACUUUAAGCUGAGAAUUCAGUUUGAAUUUGAAAAUUAUUUUACAAAAUUAUAAUCAUAUUCUGUAUAUUUGCACAUAUUACUAAAAUAUAUGUAUAUAGAUGUUAUAUUUGAAAUGUGUAAAUAUCUGCCUGUAAGUAUAGUUCCUCUUUCUAGUAUUGUAAAUUUGUUCCAGUAUUAUAUGCUUGUUUCAGACUGAAGACAUUAUUUUCUGAAUAUUCUUUGUAACAUUUAAAUUUCUUGCUUCCCAGCUAUAGUUGAUUUUUUAAAAACUCCUUUUACUGAACACGGUUGUUUAUAUACAUAAAUCAACUGUUCAGUUGUCAAUAUUUGUGGCUGAUUAAAAUUUUGAAGACACUGA